GGAAGAGGAACUUUCUAAUACAGUCAAUAUUCUUGACACUGGCAACAUGAUCGCCAUGACUUAUAGCUCCCUGGCUGUCAGCUUCUUCUGCCUGUUAGCCCUUUCUUCAGCAUGCUACAUCCAAAACUGUCCGAUCGGAGGGAAGAGAUCUGUGCUGGACAUCAUGGACGUCAGAAAGUGCAUUCCCUGUGGUCCAAGAAACAAAGGCCACUGCUUCGGGCCUAGUAUCUGUUGUGGUGAGGAGCUGGGCUGUUACUUUGGUACCUCAGAGACCCUUAGAUGCCAGGAGGAAAAUUAUCUGCCCUCACCCUGUGAGUCUGGGAGGAAACCGUGCGGGAACAAUGGCGGCAACUGUGCGGCCUCUGGCAUCUGCUGUAACCACGAGAGCUGUACAGUGGACCCGGCCUGUGAACAGGACUCAGUAUUUUCCUAGUUCUCCAUACGAAUCUCGUGACUCUGCAAACCAACCAAGAACAUCUCAGCAAGACGGCACUAAGGCAUCGAGCAGGAUAUAAACAGCCAGUGUAUAGGUGUACUGUAUGAUAAAUAAAGUAUCUUAAAACAAUA